GCUCACCUCGUGCAAUGCACGAGAGAUUAUUAUAAUAACAUAGCUGUCAAUAAAUAAACUAAACAAUUUCGUAAUACCCAACAUAUCCCCAUUUUUCAGUUUCAUUUUCUAAUGUCUUCUUUUUCCUAACUUCUAUAAAUACAGCAUAGAUUCAUCACCAACAACAAAGCACAUUCUCAUUCACAAUUGGAUCUACCUAUCCUUCACCUUCUUCUCCAUUGAUCUGUUUUCUCUCUCUAACGUGAAGAAUUUGUGUUGAAGAUUUAAUGGCACGUAAGAAGAUUAGAGAGUAUGAUUCUAAGAGGUUGUUGAAAGAACAUUUUAAGAGAAUCUCUGGACAGGAGUUGCCACUUAAGUCUGCUCAAGUUAUUGAAUCAACUGAUAUCAAUGAACUAGUAGAGAAGGAACCAUGGCUUUCAUCUUCAAAAUUGGUUGUGAAACCUGACAUGCUAUUUGGAAAACGUGGAAAAAGCGGUUUGGUUGCCUUGAAUCUGGAUUUGGCUGAAGUUGCUGGUUUCGUGAAAGAGCGUCUUGGAAAAGAGGUUGAGAUGGGUGGAUGCAAAGGACCUAUAACAACUUUCAUUGUUGAACCUUUCAUCCCACAUAAUGAAGAGUAUUACCUUAACAUUGUCUCAGAGAGACUAGGAAACAGUAUUAGCUUUUCUGAAUGUGGAGGAAUUGAUAUUGAAGAGAACUGGGAUAAGGUUAAGACUGUAUUUAUUCCAACAGGGGAAUCUCUUACAUCAGACAAUAUAUCAGCACUUAUUGCAACCCUCCCCUUAGAGGUCAAGGGAGAAAUUGAGGAAUUUCUCAAGGUGAUUUUCAAUAUAUUUCAAGAUCUGGAUUUCACAUUCUUAGAGAUGAAUCCUUUCACUUUGGUCAAUGGAAAGCCUUAUCCUUUGGAUAUGAGAGGAGAGUUAGAUGACACUGCUGCUUUCAAGAACUUCAAGAAAUGGGGAAACAUUGAAUUUCCAUUGCCAUUUGGAAGGGUUAUGAGUUCUACCGAAUCUUUCAUUCAUGGAUUAGAUGAAAAGACAAGUGCGUCUUUAAAAUUCACAGUGCUAAACCCAAUGGGCCGAAUUUGGACUAUGGUAGCCGGAGGAGGUGCCAGUGUAAUCUAUGCUGACACAGUUGGAGAUCUUGGUUAUGCUCCAGAGCUUGGAAAUUAUGCAGAAUACAGUGGUGCACCUAAGGAAGACGAGGUCUUACAGUAUGCCAGAGUUGUAAUUGAUUGUGCAACUGCAAAUCCGGAUGGCCAAAAGCGAGCUCUCGUGAUUGGAGGAGGAAUAGCUAACUUCACUGAUGUUGCUGCUACAUUCAGUGGCAUAAUUCGUGCUUUGAAGGAGAAGGAACAAAAGCUAAAAGAAGCAAAUAUGUACAUCUAUGUGAGGCGAGGAGGUCCUAACUACCAAAGGGGUCUCGCGAAAAUGAGGGCACUUGGAGAGGAAAUUGGAAUCCCUAUUGAGGUUUAUGGACCUGAAGCAACAAUGACUGGUAUAUGCAAACAAGCAAUCCAGUGCAUCACAGCUUCUGCUUAAUGAUUAUCAAUUCUUAUGUCAAUGCUUUGUCUUAAAGUUUAAUCAUGUGUUGUUGCUUGUAGUGAUUAUUGAUUCAUAAUUGCAUUUCCAAUCUAUCAGAAUUGAUAAUUUUGUUGAGAUAGAGUAUAGAUUGUUAAAAGUUUAAUAAUCUAAUAAAGUGGUUAAGAAUGCUUUGUAUCAUCAUGUAGAAUUCUGAUAGUGUAGUUUUUACUCAAUCAAUAAAGUGACAUGUGUAAUUCGUUUAUGUUAUGUCUAGCAGCAAUUUCAUGGUUCUCAGAUUUAUUUUCAGCA